AUGGCAAAGAAAGACGCUAAGGCAAAAACCGUGCCUGUUAUAAAGAAACAGGGCAACUCUGUUGCUGCAGAGCCUACGGCGAGUGCGAUUUCACUGUUCCAGGAGCUGGGCAACUCGAUGAAGAUAUCCUUCAACAGCUAUAUCUCGGAAACAAAGGACAACCAAAAAUUGCGCCUGAUCGACGCUUUCCUGGUAUUUCUUGUGUGUCUCGGUAUCCUGCAAUUUGUUUUCUGCCUGCUGGUGGGAACCUUCCCAUUCAAUGCAUUUCUGGGAGGAUUUAUCGCGACCGUGGCGCAGUUUGUGCUUACAGUGUCGCUCAGGUUACAAAGCCUGGAUUCCAACAAAACCGUGUUCAAAGGAAUCACUCCAGAACGCGCAUUGGGUGACUAUAUAUUUGCCAGCUUGGCACUGCAUUUUGUCGUUCUUCAUUUCAUAAAUUGA